AUGAAGGAGGCAGGGCUGUCUAAUACUAAGAAAGUCGACAUCAGCGACCGACCGCUCAGCAAAGACGGCAAGCUUCUCCUUUCACAAAUCACGGAAGCUGGGUCUAGGGGCGACUGGUGGCAGGUUCAAAAGCUGUUUGCUGACUACGCAGGAUCUGAGUUGCCAGUCUUUCAUGCUGUCAUGCAGCAUGCCUUCAACCUUGAGCAGAUUCGAGCUGGUGCGGAAGUCUACAGGAAGCUUUGUGCGAUGAAGAUCCCACAAAAUGCACCAACUUUCACCAUUGGUCUUAAACUCUUUGCACGACUUGGGCUGAGGGAUGAUGUUGAGGACAUAUGGAAGAAGGCAAGAGCAACAUGCGAGCUAGACGAGUAUCUGGCCGGGGCACGCAUUUUUGCGGCUGCAGCACACGGGGAUGUUCCAACUGCGGCAAGCAUUUUGGAUGAAAUGAACAAGACUGGUGUUCAAACAAGUGUUUGGCAUAUCAAUUCUGCGAUUCGAGCCUGCUGGGAAGCCGAAGGCAAGAAUGACAAUGCUGCUGAUUUCUUGUUUCAGUAUCUGCUCUCCCUUGGACUCGAACCAGAUGAUAUCACUUACACAUGCCUAAUCGGAGCCUAUUCUGAUGCCAGCCUGCAGAAGACACAGGCUGCAUAUCAGGAGAUGAAAGAUCGGGGGAUUAGGCCGACUACGGCCUUCAUUGAAACCUACUUGGUGACGGUGCUGCGCAAGCCAAAGGAGGAACCUUGGAAAUUGACAGAUCUAAUGGCAAGCCAGCUUCACCAACGGUCGUUGGACCGGGACGCCUACCUGCGCCUGCUAGACCAUGGCAACGAAGACAGCUUGGCCGCCUUCCUCAUGAGGCUUGCUGCAAGUCAGGGGAACGACCUCCAGGAGGAGACGUUGCUCAUCAUUCGGCGGUUGGCCAAAGAGUGCUGGUGGGAGAAGAAGGAUUUUGGCGAAGUGCUGCUUUGCUUGGGUAUGCCUGCUUCCAGCUGCGCUGUGGACUCGGAGCCGUCAACGGCCACAGACCCGCUCAGUGGGACUUCCACGACAGUCCAGUCUGAGAUCCCGCCCCCACCAGACGAUGUUGCCGAGGAGUCAAAAACUCUGAGCUUCGUGGUGGAGCCGUCCGCUGGUUCGGCUCUUGGCGGCACCACGGUCUCUUGGAUGCGUGGGCCUAUACCCGUUGAGCUGCGCUUCGGUCAUCGACACGCCGCGCCGCUGCGCGGCGGGCAGUUUCUGACACCCUACCAAGAUGGUGCGGAGGACGUCGAUGUCAUUGCUGUCUUUGAAGAUGGGGUCAAGGUGUGUUAUGCCAGUGCCUUCUCGUACUACAUCCCUGGAAUAUUGGAGGCGAUGUCGCCAGCCACCGGUGGCACGAUCGGAGGCAUCCAGCUGGAGGCCACGACGUCCGAUCUGGGGGCAGAGAUUUGUCAGGCCGAGCCGAACAAGGGCUGCUUUUCUGUCGCCAUCGAGCGAAGAGGAGGGUCCUGUUCCGCUUCUAUUGGUGGCCUCCAACGGCAACCAUGUUCUUGCGAAGGCAGCUUUUGUCUACGCGGACACCAUGUGCUUCGGUGCUGUCGGCUCCUCUGUGGAG